AUGUCAGGCGCUGCGCCUCCUGGUUCAGGCACAUCUGCGCAGCCGGAGCAGUCGCCGUCCACUCCAGGAUCCAUGCCAGCUUCCAACUCGCUCCUCGACAUGCUUGCCGGCGCUCCCGCUCGAGUCGUCACAUCACCACCCACGUCGUCCUUCACCUUCUCCUUCCCCGCGCCAUCACGCUCGGCUUCGGUCUGCUCAGCGACCACCAUCACAGGAACCACCCCCACUCCCACCACAACCAGCGUCCCUACGGAUGCCGCCGUCGCCGACUCUCCUGCAACCAUGCCCGGAUCUUCGCGCAAGCAGCCACAGGAUGUGAGCCACCUCAUGCAACAAUUCAUGGCACCAGCUGCUCCGCUCGUCAUCCUGUCGCCCAACGCAAAGUCGGCGGAAUCCAACGAUCCCAUCCCCUCAACCUCACCAACCAAGCAACCCUCUGCAAAGCCGCAGCCAGCCAUCCAGAACAAGGCGCUCCAGCUGCCACCCUCCCCGCCCAGCUCUGUCAGCAGCGCUUCGGGCCCCAAGCUCCGUCAGCCCUCUUCCGGAUUCGACUCGCCUGCCACUUCCUCGCCUCCCAGGCAAAACGCACAGCUGCCUCCCACGGACAAGGACACGGAAACUCCAUCUGCUCCGGCACCUGCUCCAGCUCCAGCUGCAUCACCGUCCGUCAAGACGCCCUUCGACUUUGUCAGUCCCUUCGACAUGCUCUCCUCCAACGACAACCAGAGCGCCGAUACCACUGCCCAGCCGUCAGAGGCUCAGAAGGACUCGAACGAUGCCCCAGCCAAGGAGCCACUCGCUGCAUCCGUGGCAGGCUACGAGGCGGCCGAGGCCGGCUUCGCCAGGAUUCUCGAAAAGCUUUCCGCCUCGGCCGCGCAGAAGAAGCAAGCUUCGCAGCAGCCUGAAGCGUCGCGGCCGGCACCUGAACAGCCAAAACAGGAGGAGGCGCCAGCACCCGCCGCUUCUUCGUCCAAGUCGCCCACGCGCCCGGCCUUCCGCAAGCUGCCCUCGGUGCCCGCCCACCUCGACACGCCGGAUAAGCACUUCCACGCCUCGCGCCAUGCAGCCGUACUCAAGCAGGACGAUGCCUUCGACCAACCAAAGUCGUCCGGCCUCUCGGUCCUCUCCCCCUCGCGCUCCUCCAGCGCACCCAGCAUCGCCACCCUCGACCUCUCCGCGCCGCAGCCCGGCGGCUUAUCCAGCCUCACAAACACAAAGGUCGAGUCGUCCGGCGUCGCGCUCAUCUCUUCGCCCUUCCACUUUCCCUGCAACGUCUCCGCCGCCGGCCUGCUCCCGGCCUCGCGUAUCGCCAACCUCGGCCACAAUGUCGCCUGCUACGCCAUGUCCAAGGGCAAGCUUCGCCUCAUCCACGUCGCGUCCGGUGCAAGGCUUCUCGUCCAGACCCCGGGCAAGGCAGCGAUUCGAUCCAUCGCCGCUUUUGCUUCCAGCGACGACGAUGACACAUUCUUGCUUGCAGCGCUUACCGAGCGAUCCAAGGAGGCUGCCGACGAGGGCGUCGUCUUCUGGAAGAUUCCUGCCUCGUUCGUCGUCGACGGCAAGGACCAGGACUCCCCGCUCCUCAUGGGCCGCAUCACCGCCGACCCGUACAAGAGCCCAUUCGUCUACCGAUUCACCGCCAUCGCAUGGCAUCCAACGCAGCCCAGGAUCGCCAUCUCCACCAGCGACUCCAACGUCAUGGUCGUCGAUAUCGUGCAGCAGCUGCUCCAACAGACACAGCCCGCCUCGCCCUCCAAGAAGUUGCGCUCGCUCUCGGAGCUCGACGUCGACCCGGACAGCAAGGACGUGGCGCACAACGAGCCGCUCUGCGGCUUCGCCUUUACGCCGGACGGUGCACUGCUCGCCACCAUCUCGGCGCCGCUCGAGGGCGACGUCUCGUGGAUCUUGGGAUUCAUGCCUCUCGAUCGCACUGCUGGGCAGGCCAAAGAAGGUGACCACACUUUCCUCAUCAAGUCGCCGCUCCAGGAGCCCAUGAUCAUCAGCCAUCUCUCCUUCAUCACCGACAAGCAGCACCAAGUCCGCGCCGCUCUCGUCGGCUUCAGGUGUAACACCAUCCUCGGUCUCUAUGACAUGGAUUCGCGCGCUUGGAAGCACGUCUUCAAGUUCGACGGGCCGCUGCACGACGGCGACAAGGAGCAUUUCAACCUUGUCCACUUCGAUGCGCACAACAGCACGCUGCUCGUGUGCAACAGCUACCGCUCCUCCAUCUUUGCCGUCCCGCUCGACUUCCAGCCUCUGCCCGAGUUCGACGCAAACACGUCGGCCAAGGCGGAGCUCGAGGCGCGCCUCGAUCAGGGUCUGCUGCCGUGGGGCAUCCAGCUCUCGUAUCCAAUCAAGGAGUUCGCCCUGCAAGAUCCUUGCACCUCGAUCUCGAUCAGCCCCGACGCCGAGGCCGGCAAGCCCUCGAGACUAUUUGUCGCGUUCCCAGAAGGCAUCAGCAUCCUCCGUCUCUUGGUGGUCGAGCCGCCAAAGGAGGAGCCUGCCGCGGAAGUAGAACCCGCCGCAGACUCGGAGCUACCGGCGGAAGAGCCGGAAGCUCAGCCCAAGGAGGAGGCACACGCUCCCGAGCCCGAAGCUGUCUCGGCGCCGGCAGAGGUAGCAUCUACGCCGAGCAAGUCGAGCAAGAAGAAGAAGAAGAGGUCAAAGGUCAACGCCGUGCAGGCCGAAGUGCCAUCCUCUGAACCUCAGCCUGAGGCUGCAACUGGAGACCACGCGCACCCGGUCGAGCCCGAGCUUGAGGCCAAGGAUGUGCCUGCUCCUUCAACGGCCGACGAGGCCCAUUCUGCACAGCACCCUGCACCUGUCGCGACCCCCGUCGAAUCGCGCGCCUCCGUCUCUGCUUCGCACAUCGAUGCUACUCUUUCCGACACGGUCACUGUGGCCGUUCAUGACGCCGUGGCAGCCAGUGUCGGCGAUGGCUUCCGCCACAGCAUCGAGUCGGCUAUCCCCAAAGAGGUCGAGCGUCUCAUCAGCUCCACCGAGCUCAAGGCCGAGCUCACGCGCAACAUCGCCCAGACCAUCCUGCCCGCCGUGCAGCGCACUGCGAUGGAGGUGGUCAGCCGCGUGCUCGCUCCCCACUUUGAGGACGUCAUGACGCAGGUCUCGGAGCGCGCUGAGCGCACCAUCGUCUCCGAGAUGACAAGCGUCCGAAAGUCGCUUGUCGCCGAACAGAGCGAGUCUCUGCGCGACACGGAGAAGACAAUGCAGGCGAUGCACGCCCGGAUGGAAGAGAUGUAUCAGUGGAUCAAGGAAAUGUAUGCACGCCCUCAGCCGGCAGGCAGGUUCGCCGAGCUCGACGAGAGCGAUCCCGCGUCAGAAGCGGAAAAGGAACGUCGAGUCGUUCCCGCCCCAGUGCCCGCUCACAGCGACGCUGGUGCGGUGAUCAGCACCGAGACGGCAUCCAGUGGUGCUCUUGUGCCAGCUCGCAUCCCGUCCAAGUGCAAGCUGCCGGAGCGCGUAGCGAUCAUCGGCGCCGGCCCUGUGGGCUGUCUGGCGGCGCUUGCGUUCGCACAGCGCGGAUGCAAGGUCGACGUGUUCGAGUCGCGACCCGACCCGCGCACGGACGAGGCGGUGGCACGCGCGUCGCAGCGCAGCAUCAACCUUGCGCUCUCGACGCGCGGCAUCUCGGGCCUGCGCAGCGUCAGCCUCGUCGGGCUGGGCAAGUAUACGUCCGACGGCACCGAUCUUGCCGACCUCGUGCUGCAGAAGUCGGUGCCGAUGCGCGCGCGCAUGAUUCACGUGGUCACCAGACGCGCCAGCGCCGGGCGCAAGGCCGAGGUGCGCGAGCAGAGCCAGCUGUACAGCACCAAGGGCGAGUGCAUCAACUCGGUCGACCGCGGCCGCCUCAACAACAUCCUGCUCGACCACGCGCUCAUGCACCCCAACGUGCACGUCCACUUUGAGCACAAGCUGCAGAGCGUCGACUUUGACCACGACUCGCGCACCGCUGCCAAGAAGGCCAGGGCGGGCCAGAAGCAAUCGAGCAGCAAGAGUGGCACGCGCGCAUCCGAGCGCGUCAAGCUCGAGUUCGACGUGCACACCGCCAACGAUCGCGCGAGCAGGAGGAGCGUGGUGCACCUGGCGUCGUUUGUGCUCGGCUGCGACGGUGCGCACUCGUCCAUCCGCUCGGCCAUGGGCAGUCUGAGCCGCAUGCACUACACGCACAACUACAUCGACACGGGCUACGUCGAGCUCUCAAUCCCGCCGCGUACGUCGCUCGGUGCCGGCUCGCGCGCGCGCGGCGACGGCGGCCUGGACGGCAAGCCAGGCGGCCACGAUGCGUUUGAGCUCGACCCAAACCACCUGCACAUCUGGCCGCGCCACUCGUUCAUGCUCAUCGCGCUUCCCAACCAGGACGGCAGCUUCACGUGCACGCUGUUUGCGCCGUUCAAGAUGUUCAGCAAGGAGCUCGCGACGCGCGAGGGCAUCGUCGCGUUCUUCGACGAGCACUUCCCCGACGCGCUGCCGCUCAUUGGUGCCGACAAGCUGGUGGCUGCGCUCACGUCGCGCCGUGCGUCGGCGCUGGGCAGUGUGCAGUGCGAUCCGUACCACUACAAGGACCGCGCGGUGCUGAUUGGCGAUGCGGCGCAUGCGAUGCUGCCGUUCUACGGCCAGGGCCUCAACUGCGGCUUUGAGGACGUGCGUGUGCUGUUCGAGAUGAUCGACUCGAGCCAGGGGCUCGAGGGCGCGCUCGAGGAGUAUACGCACACGCGCCAUCCGGAUCUCGUCGCCAUCCGCCAGCUGGCGGAGAACAACUACCGCGAGAUGGCGCACUCGGUGGUAUCGUGGCCGUACCUGCUGCGCAAGAAGGUGGAUGCGCUGCUGAUGGCGGUGCUGCCGACGAGCAUGUGGAGCAGCUUGUACGCGAUGACGACGUUCAGCGACUUGCCGUACGCGCAGGUGAUCAGGACCGAGCAGAGGCAGCAGAGGAUCCUCGGGCAUGCCGUUGCGUCGGGCGUGCUGGCUUUGUUGACGGGCGCGGCUCUGGGCGUGUACCGCACCCGCGGCGUGUGGCAGCCCCUCACUCGGCGCUGGAUCGAUGCGGUCAACACGGCCAACUAG